UUAGGGUUUUUCACUCUCUCAACCUCAGCGCAGACCACUCUCUCUCUCUUAUUUCUCUCUCUUCAACCCCAUCACACACAACACCAAAUCCAGCAUGGCGGAACGCGGCGGAGAGCGCGGAGGAUUCGGGCGCGGCUUCGGAGGUCGUGGCGGACGCGGAGGCGACCGCGGCCGCGGAGGUCGCCGCCGCGGAGCAGGACGCCGUGAGGAGGAGGAGAAAUGGGUCCCAGUGACGAAGCUCGGCCGUCUGGUGAAGGAAGGCAAGAUCACCUCCCUCGAGCAGAUCUACCUCCACUCGCUCCCCGUCAAGGAGCACCAGAUCGUCGACACGCUCGUGGGCCCCAGCCUCAAGGACGAGGUCAUGAAGAUCAUGCCGGUCCAGAAGCAGACCCGCGCCGGCCAGCGGACCCGGUUCAAGGCGUUUGUCGUCGUCGGCGACGGCAACGGCCACGUCGGCCUCGGCGUCAAAUGCAGCAAGGAGGUGGCCACCGCCAUCCGCGGCGCGAUCAUUCUGGCGAAGCUCUCGGUGAUCCCCGUGAGGAGAGGCUAUUGGGGUAACAAGAUCGGAAAGCCUCACACCGUGCCUUGCAAGGUCACCGGAAAGUGUGGCUCCGUCACCGUCAGGAUGGUUCCGGCCCCUCGUGGUGCUGGAAUUGUGGCGGCUAGGGUUCCAAAGAAGGUCCUCCAGUUCGCUGGGAUCGAGGAUGUUUUCACUUCAUCGAGGGGAUCCACCAAGACGCUUGGAAACUUUGUCAAGGCAACAUUUGACUGUCUAUUGAAGACGUAUGGUUUCCUCACACCGGAGUUUUGGAGGGAGACUCGUUUCACCAAAUCCCCAUUCCAAGAGCACACCGACCUCUUGGCGAAGCCGACCGGUAAACUUCACCUGGAGGCUCCCCCAGAGAGGGUUGACGCUUAAGAGCUGCUUCUUGAGAUUCAGUUUGAGCAAGUUUUUUUAAGAGGAUAUGUUUUGUUAGGCACUUGUUCUGGUUAUAAGAUGUUUUUUCAUUUCUGUCAUGAAAGAUAGUUGUCAUUUUAGUCUUUUUGUCACCGACUGUUAAUUAAGAUUUUGAAUGAACUACUCUAAAUUUUGGUUUGGAUUGAUA